AGCGGGACAGGACAGGACCGGGCACGGCCAUGGAUGCGGGCGAGGGGAAGCCGCAGCCCCACCUGGCCGCGCUGGUGCUGGCGCGGGGCGGCAGCAAGGGCAUCCCGCUGAAGAACAUCAAGCUGCUGGCGGGGGUGCCGCUCAUCGGCUGGGUGCUGCGCGCCGCCAUUGACGCCGGCGUUUUCCACAGUAUAUGGGUUUCUACAGACCACGAUGAAAUCGAGAAGGUUGCAAAGCAAUUUGGCGCUCAGGUUCAUCGCAGAAGCCCCGAAGUUUCUCAAGACUCCUCAACUUCCCUAGAAGCCAUCAGAGAGUUUCUUAAUCAUCAUCAUGAGGUUGAUAUUGUAGGAAAUAUUCAAGCAACAUCUCCCUGUUUACAUCCCAGUGAUCUUAUAAAAGUGGCAGAUCUGAUCCAGAAGGAGGGGUUUGAUUCUGUCUUCUCUGUUGUGAGGCGGCACCAAUUUAGAUGGAGUGAGGUAAAAAAAGGAGAAAACAAGAUGACAGAGCCCCAAAACCUGAAUCCAGCAAAACGGUACAGGAGGCAAGACUGGCCUGGGGAGCUGUAUGAAAAUGGCUCUUUUUAUUUUGCCAAGAGACAUUUGAUUGAGAAGGGCUAUUUGCAGGGUGGUAAAAUGGCCUACUAUGAAAUGCGUGCAGAGCACAGUGUGGAUAUUGAUAUAGACAUUGACUGGCCUAUUGCAGAGCAGAGAGUAUUGAGCUUUGGAUAUUUUGGCAAAGAGCCACUGAAGGAGGUGAAGCUGCUGGUUUGCAGUAUUGAAGGAUGCCUGACAAAUGGUCGCAUUUAUGUGACAGAAGAUCACAAGGAAAUGGUCUCCUAUGAUUAUAGAGAUAUUGUUGGCAUUGAUCUGUUAAAGAAAAGAGGAAUCCAGGUUCGACUCAUCUCUGAAAGAGAUUGUUCAAAAACACUGUCAGCCAUGCAGCUGGGAUGUGUAGCAAAGGUUAGUGCAACAAAUAAAUUACAGGUUCUGAAGGACUGGCAAGAAGACAUGGGUUUGAGCUGGAAAGAAGUUGCUUACUUAGGAAAUGAAGAGUCUGAUGUGGAAUGCCUGAAGCAAGCAGGAAUGAGUGGUGUGCCUGCUGAUGCUUGUGCAGCCGCUCAGAAGGCCGCUGGUUACAUUUGCAAGAGCAGCGGCGGCUGUGGGGCCGUGCGGGAGUUCGCAGAGCACAUAUUCCUGUUGUUAGCAAAAGUGAACUCUGCAAGGAAGCAAAUGGGAGAAAUGAGUUCAGCAGAAAAGGAAAUGGGGGGAAAUGAGAACAGCAGGAGAGGAAAUAAGGAACGAAUGAAAAAGGAGUAACGCCGUUGGUCAUUCCGGCUGUUCUUCGUCUCCUCUUCCUCCUUCAGUAAAUGCCAAAGGAGAGCUCUCAAGUUUUACAUCGAAAUAGAGUUAAAAAAACUCUAAUUUAAGGUCCCGCUUUAAGUGCUGGUAUUCAUAAUUGUAUGCUGAUCACAUUCAUGAAUUUUUUAAAAGCCAUUUAUAAGCAAUAGAAGGAAUGUUGCAAAAGGUAGCAGAUCUACUGUAAAUCUCCUCCUAAUCAUCACGCCUCUCCUCCAGGAGUGAUAUGUCUUUAUAUCAUAAUCAGAAUGUUUUCAGGGAUCAAUGAUUUUGCAUGACUUGAGGGUUUGUAAUUCAAAUUUUAAAGAAAAAAAUUCUGUCAGUUUUGCUCAUGUGGUUUAUACUUCUUCUACCAAAAGUCAGCAUGGUGUUGUGGUUGUGUGAUUGCAUUUUACAGAAUUUUUUCCCUAGUAGGGAAGAGUUUUAACAUAUACUGGAGAGGUCAGGUGUAAAGUACUAUCAGACUUCUUCCUGUAUUUUUAAAACACAGCUCAGUUCCUGGAAAACCAGUUAAUAUUAAUAUUACUUAAGAAAAGCACUUAAGCAUGUGUUCAGUUUUAAGCUCAUAAAUAAUUAAAUCACAUUUGGAAUUAUGCCUCUUAUCUUUGAGUCUGUUUAUAAUGGGUUUUAUUGAAGCUCUUAAAUUAACAUACCCAAAUGUUUUGCCAAAUUUGGAUUUAAGUUCCCCAUUGACUUUGAGGUCUUUGCAGAAACUCAGUUUCUUUCUAUGAAGACUUUAUGGCUACCACUAAUGGUCUAAAGCCAAGCAAAACUCUUUUAAGUUUAUUGUAUGGAAAAGUAUCUGCUGUUUAAAAAAACCCCAAAUCAUGGUUGAUUGUGGGUUUAUAUAAAAUAUAUGUACAGCAUGCUAAAGCUGUUUUAUGUGUAUUUAUGAAAAAUAGGAUUUGUAUUGUACCAUGCAAAUACAAUAGUAUUUAUCAGUGAGUCAAGUUCUGUCUUGGCCUCUGCUAAAAAAUAAAAAAUACCCAUGCUGCACAGGCAAUUACUACUGAGGUGAGUGAUAAUGGCUUGUCAUUUUAUUUUACUUCCCUGCUAAAUAGAAACUCACAGUAUAAUAUCACUCAGUAUAUUGGCCUCUGAUUAACUUGGUGUUUACUUCCUUUCACAAAGCCAAAAUAAGGCAGU